AGCUGGAGGGGAGGGGGGGUCCGGUUCAGUUGGUUCGCGCGUUUGUUUUGGCCGCGGAAAGCGUCGGAGGCCUCCCCCCGCUGCGCGCGUGCGCGGGGCGGGGUCGAGGCAGGCGCCUCCUCAGAGAGAGAGAGAGAGCGUCGCGGAGGCUCCAUGAGCAGGCGCUGUCUACCUGCCGCCUCCUCCGUCCUGAGGGGACUCGUCGGCUCCGCUUUCCUCUGCCUCUCGCGGACCAUGAGUUUGCGGGGCGGCCCCACCGCCUGUCUGUCGGGGCCCUCGGGCGGCAGCGGGCCUUUGUCGUCGCCGCCGCCGCCGCCUUCCCCGCGGCUGAGCCUGCCGUGGCUGCGGUUGCCGGAGGUGCCGGGCGCCGAGCCCUUCAAAGCCAACGACGUCCUCCUGCUCCUGCCCCCUUCGGCCCCGCCACCGGGCCCCCCUCAGCAUCAUGUCCUCUAUUUCCCGGGGGACGUGCAGAGCUAUCGUGAAGUUAUGAUUUGCCAUCCAGAAAACUUUCAGUGGGAACAGUGGUGCUUAGAAAAUGUUGCUGCUCUACUUGGUCGUCGUUUCCCAGGCAGUUACAUUUGGGUUAUAAAAUGUUCCCGUAUGCAUUUGCACAAAUUCAGCUGCUAUGACAAUUUUGUUGCGAGUAAUCUGUUUGGAGCACCUGAACACUGCAGUGACUUUGGAGCCUUCAAACACCUUCAUGCGUUAUUGGUUAAUGCAUUUAAACUUGCUCAGAACAUUCUACUGUCUCAGAAGAGGAAGUAUGAGUUCCCCAAGGAUACAAAGGUAGUUUCCUGUGAAUUGCCUUCUGUAGCUGCUACUAAUGGAUGUCCAGAAACGGAGAGUGACUGUGAACAUUUCAACAAUACUUCUGUGAAUUUUAUUGAGCCUACUGUUGUUGAUGAAGUGUCAUUUACGUUAAUAGGAUUCAGUAAAGGCUGUGUUGUCUUGAAUCAGUUGCUUUACGAACUGAAGGAAGCAAAAAAGGACAAGAACAUAAAUGCCUUCAUAAAAAACAUAAGAGCAAUCUAUUGGCUGGAUGGUGGUCAUUCUGGAGGAAGCAACACAUGGGUAACCUACCCUGAUGUACUUAAAGAUUUUGCUGAGACUGGGAUUUCAGCACAUGCUCAUGUAACACCAUACCAGGUAUUUGACAUGAUGAGGGCAUGGAUUGGAAGAGAGCACAAGAGAUUUGUACAAAUCCUUGAGGAGCUUGGUGUGAAUGUGAAUAGUCAGCUUCACUUUGCUGAUGAGGCACCUUCCUUAGACAAUCACUUCAGAGUUCAUGAAGUAUUCUGACCCUGUUGCAAAACAAAGUAUUGCAGUAACUACAAAAAUGAAUAUUAAACAUGAGUAAUUUGAAAGUGUGGUUUUCUCUGAAGUUGUGGAAGGGUAGAUGCUCCCAUGUGUGGUUAUGAUUGCUUUUUCAGACAUCUGUUAAAGCUCAACCUUGUCUUGGUUUUGCAGCUAAAGAGCAACAGGAAAUCAGUAGUUCAGAUAUAAGUCCUUUUCUGAUUAAAACUGACCUUUGAGAAAAGCAAGAGUCAUUCACAGAAACUAAUGUCAGAUGGAAAACUUACUUAACAUUUGUUUUACCUGUAUGGGUUUUUGUGGUCAAAGGUUUGAGACUCAAGCUACAAAAUAGCAUCCUGAAAUGCUUCUAAUGACUUAUGAUUGUCUUAUUUGUUAAAUAUUUCAGAAUAAUACAUCCUUUUGUUUAGAAUU